AUGUCUCACCAAAUACAGUUAACCAAUCUCCCUACAGAAAUUUUAUAUCUUAUAAUCUUUUCUAUUGACAACGUUAAAGAUUUACGUUCGUUAUUUUCUACAAAUCGGUUAUUUCGAACUUUAACAGGACCGCAUACGGUUACUUCACAUCUAUGGUUUGUUCGUUAUAGUCAAGAUAUUCCACCAGAAAAUCUUUUAAAGAUAGCAAAUGAAUUGCAUUAUCCAUUAGAGACGGACUUUGCGAAACAACUCAUUACAAUAAAUGCACCUUCUGAACUCCCUGGUUUAGCAGCAGAACCACCAGGUCCCAAGAGAGCACUUAAGCGUCAAGAACGUGUAAUGCAUAUUGUUGAAAGAUUUGGACUUUUUUUACAUAAUAUGUUAGCCGUUAAUUACUUUUAUACUCACGAUUGGGAUGCCCUUCAACGCGUGGCUGAUGAUGUUGAACAAUACCUUGAAGAUUUGGGAUGGGUACAAUUUUAUCGUGGUCAAAUGGAUCGCGGAAUUGAUUCAAUGAUGGUAUCUACCGUUCAAGCUGAUCAAGAAUUUGAAGCCAUAGCAUUCGAAGAUUUUACCAAAAAAUUAAGAACAGAUAUUGCAGCAGUAUCAACUGUUACUACUAAUUCAAAUAAUCAAAGUAGUAAAAGUAAUGAAUUAUUUGCUUCUCUUUCACCAGAACCCGUUUACCUUCGUUGGACAAGUUUGAUUCAAGAUCAACUCAAUUUCUUUUGCUUACAACAAUACAUUAUGGAUAAAUUCAAACCCCCUUCAAAAUGGCAACUUGCGGAAUAUUUAUCAGUGGUAAUGUUUGGAGAUAUCUAA